GAAUAUUCAAUUCAUCACUUUGGUAGAAUUGAAGAUGGGGCUAAAAGGGAAGCUAAUUGGGCAGGUAGAGAUCAGUUUUCAUGGAGAUUUAUAUCAUGAUAUCAUUGGAGCAAGGCCGCAUCAUCUUCCCUCCAUGACCUCAGGUGUUCAUGCAGUUGAUGGCCAGUGGGGAACUGUGGGCUAUACCACCAUCUUUAAAUAUACCCAAGAUGGGAAAACCGAAAUCGCGGAGAAAGUUAUUGACGCCAUUGAUGAUGAGAAGAAAAUGGUAAAAUACAGAGUGACAAAAGGUGAUCCCUUGAAAUCCUAUAAGAGCUUCAUCUUAACAUGUCAAGUUGAUAGCAAUGGUGAUGACCACUUUGUGAGUUGGACUAUUGACUAUGAGAAGCUGAAAGAGGAGAUUCCAGAGCCACUCACCUAUCUGGACUUUCUUCUUAAAAUGACCAAAGAAAUGGAGGAUCACCAUGCCAAGCUCAAGCCAUGAAUAUGCAAUGGAAGCUAAGCGUGAUAAUAAUUAAAUAUUAAAUAAUGGAUCGGAGGCUUUGUGAUGUAUCACUACUGCCUCUAUAUUCUAAGUGUGUUAUGUAAAAUAAAGUAAGAAAUUCCAAUUAAGUGUGUUAUGUAAAAUAAAGUAAGGAAUUAUAUAUUUCCUUGAAAUUCAUAAAUAAAAUAAUGUGGUAUUUAAUUUAUAUUA